AUGUCACCCAGGGAGAUUGAAGAGAUGCUGCAGCGGGAGGGCAGUCAAGUCUCUCCUGACAAGUAUGAUGAGACGACAGAAACCGUGGGCGCUACCCAGAGGCGAACGGAGCUGCUAAUCCCAGUUUUGGCCGCCUGUCGAGAAGUAUGGACCUCUGGAUCUGAGGAGAUAGAGCUCAUGGUUGAGAAGCUGGGCGAUGGCAGCAGAGAUGUUGCCUGGCGGGUCCCUUUUGGAGACUCGGGGAUCUUGGAAUUCUUCCUCCGCGUCCUCGCCCGUGAUGGCCUCAAACAGGGUCUGCAAAUCCAUGCCCUGCGGCUGGUCGGAAACUCUUGUGCAGAUACAGACGUGAACCGUGCCAGAGUGAUGCAGGGAAACCACCUCGCCACCAUCAUCAACCACCUGCAGGACAAGAGCUUGAUACCCUUCACCAUUCCAGUGCUUUUCAACAUCCUGGUUGACUAUGAACCCGCACAAUUGGCUGCUUCGGAGGCCAACCUCAACCAACGUCUCAUCGCCCUCUUGUCCUCUCCGAACCUUGCCAACUUCGUCGUCUUCAUCCCCUAUUUCUGCAAAAUCCUCAUCUUGCUCACUUCUCAAGAAGGCGAAACAAGCCGCGCAAGCCCAAACACUGUGGAGGUUGCCCUCAGGCUGGCUACAAGCAUGCCGUCGCGAGAUGACCUCGACGACUUCAUCUCUCUUGUCACAGUAGCAGCUGCUUACCUUUCUGACGAGAACUUUCAAACUGCUUUGAUCCAGGGCCCUCUGCUGCAGCUUUUCCUCUCCACGUUUUACCACGCUCACACUCACUUCAACAUGGUUCAGGUUGAUGACGCCGAUACGGUAGCGGCCCUGACGAAGCUCUACGCCGCCCUCCUCAACACUCUGGCAGAUGUCACGGGCAACGACCUAUUUGUUUCGUGCCAUCCGCUUCAGAGUCAGGUUGCCCAAACCUUUCUCGCCUGGCUUCAGAGCUCGAACCCGCAGCUGCAGACCGCGGGCUGUCUCGCUCUGGGCAAUCUCUCUCGCUCCGAUGAAGUAUCCAUGGCUCUCGUUCAAAUCCACUUCGCGCAUACGCCCUUGAUGAGACUGCUUUCGAACCCCGAAAUCGUCGACGCGCAGCUCCUCCACUCAGCAAUGUCCUUUUUGAAAAACCUGGCCAUCCCGGUCCAGAACAAGCCGCUGCUGGGUAGUCUGCUGGACGUGGGCUGCAUACCGAGACUGCUCAGCCUGGAUACCUCCCCCCAGGUGCAGUUCACCGCCGUAUCUCUGACCCGGCUGCUGGUUGUCAACUGUCCGCCAAACGUUGCCCGGAUCUGUGCCCCCCUCAGCGCAGAUCCGGCCAGCUCAGCGCGCGAGCGCUCAAGCGUUCACGCCAUUAUUGCACUGCAUGAGCGCUCCGAUGCCGAGCCCACGAGGCUUGAGGCCGCUCGGGCCAUCGCUGCUAUAUGUCGUGUGCUUCACUCCAACCCAAUUGCGACCCUGCUGCCAGACUGGGAGCCUCCUGUGGUCGAAAUCGACGCAGAUUCGCCCGAAAGCGGUCCUAUGGAUGCAGACAAUCAGCGGCUUGGAUAUUUUUACAGCAAACAUGACGUCGGUAGGGUUCUUUCGUUCCUAAUCAGCCAGCAGAAAUGGCCAUCCCUCCGUUCAGAAGCGUGGUUCAUCUUUGCUCUCAUGUGUCGUUCCAAGGAGGGCAGUCGCGUCAUCAUCACGGUGCUUCAAAUGCUCGGCAUCAUCACAGAGCUCAUCAAGGCCGUUACUGGGAGAGAUGCGCUUCCCAGCGAAAUCGGAAGCAGCGGUGAUAGUAUCGAGGGAGCAUCGUCCUCUGCUUCUCCCGAUGGCCAAAUCACUUCAAUGGCAGAGGGACUGGGACUCGAACCUCAGCAGGCAGAUCCAAAACAGCGGGAGAGUAUGAUCCGAGUGGAUCGGGAGAAUGCCCUGGUGAUGUGCACGGAACUUCUCCGGGCGUGGGGCCAUCAACUGCCUGGCUUGAGGCUGAGCAUCCUGCAAGAUGUGGUCAAGGAGGGCACGGAGAUUGUGGCGGCACAGAAGGCAGCAUCAUCGUGA